AUGCAUUUAGGGCUCAGUAAUAGCAGCAGCAAUAAGUUUGGGAUAAUACCAGGCAUCAAUUGGGUUUCUGGAUAUGGAAUAGAUAUAAUUGAACCAUCAAGUUUUUUCCCGGACGACUUAAUCACAGAAGCCAAUAUACUUUCAAACAAGCCGAAGAGUUCUAAAGACUCUGUGAACACAAAUACAACACAUAAAUGUUUACACAAUACUCAAAACAAAUCGACACUUAAUACAUACGAAAUUUUACAGCAUAUAUUGUAUAAUAUUCCUGAUGAUGAGUUAUACAUUACCCUUUCAGCUUUGAAAAAAUAUACGAUCCCUUGA